UUACUUUACUCUCUAUGUAUGAUGGUUUAAUAAUAGUGUCGAAGCUAUUUGUUUAAACAUAGCCGUAAAGAUGUCAAACAAGAUACAAGUGUCGCUUCCCGAGGAGGAAUUGGACUGGAUCCAACUGCGUCAGGAUCUAGGGCCUGUAGUAGAAGUUGAAACGACCAAGGAAAAAAUGCAGCGUAAAAUAAAAGAGAAUCCAUUGGUGCCUCUAGGUUGCUUGGCGACCACUGCUGCAUUAACAGUUGGCCUCUACAAUUUCCGCACUGGCAAUCGCCAGAUGUCACAGCUGAUGAUGCGCACCAGAAUUGCCGCUCAAGGAUUCACUGUCCUGGCCUUAAUCGUAGGCGUCGUAAUGACUUACGGCGAUAAAAAAUAAAUACAAUUCGUUGGAAUCUGAAAUCGUAAUGCCUUCACUCACAUAGGCUAUAUUAAAUGUUUUUUCUUCAACUAUA